UAUUGAAUAUAAGGUUAUUAUUAAAAGACGCUUUGACAAAUUCUAAGCCGCCAAAUUUUUCGCAAAAUAUCACCUGUUGUCUUUUCAUAUGAUUAUUAAGUCUUUGUUUAUGUGCUUAGGAAUAUGCAUAGUGCGAAUGCAAGUAUAGUAUGUAUAUUUAUAGUGCUAGUGCAUUGACAUUGUUUACUUUGCAAUAACAACACUCAACAAAAACAAUGAUGAUGCACAUGUAUGUACAAUAUAUUUGAGUUAUUAAUUAAUUACGGCUUUUUCGUCACUACCUACGCGAAGUAUUUGAAAUCAGGUCAUUCACCCUAAUAGUCGUACAAGGUGUGUAAAUACAAAUGAAUGAAUAAAGAAAACUACUAGAACAAGCUCAAGUGCAGGAGUUGUAGACACAUGAUAAGCCCUUAGCACACGCUACAAAAAAAAUGCUACAAUCAAAAAACAUGCUUGAUGAAUCCCCUGCCCCUGCUGAUGGGUGUUGCAAUUCCAGAAUGCCGGAGAAUGAGCCACUUCUAACGCCUCCGUCUACGCCAUCAAUCGACGCUGGCAAUCACAUUUCAAUUACAACGAACACACAAAUUUCAAAUACAAUGAAUUCGCCUUGUUCAAGUGACGAAGAGACACUUAGCCCACAUCAUGCAAUGGAUAUUAUAAAAGGACACUUUCUAAAAGAUUUCGAUGUAAGAGACAUUUGGUCAUAUACACAUAACAUAUUCACCGAAUCUGAGAGGCAAUACAUUACUGCGACCCUACAAUGCGAUGAUCCAUGUACACAACGUCCAUCGACUGAUACACAGGAAAUACUUGGUGAGGAACAGGUGUCACGUCUAUUUGCUGUUUUGCGCAAUAAAGAUUACUCCGAAAUAUGCAAAUUUAUGGAAGCUUUAAGUUAUGAUUACCUAUGGCUAGUGAACUUAUUUGAAAAUGUAAAUAAAAUUGAUUAUGGCAACUACGUGGAUUUAUUGCACUCGCUGCACUCAAAAGCUAGUCUAAAAUAUGAGGAUUACCAUGUGCAUCGCUCAAUGCCGUUUCGUAAAUUGCGCAAAGCCCUGCUAAACAUACCAUUUAACGGUCGUGUAGUUUUGGCCAGCGAUUUCGGUUGCGGCAAAAAGUGGUUAGCAAUUGAUGCUUGUACUGAUUAUGACGUUGCAAAAUCUAUGAACUUCCAAAUUUAUUGGAUUGAUAUGAGUGAAUGUACAAGUUCAUUGGAAGAUUUACGAAUGUUACGUUAUUUGAAAUUAUUACUCACAGAAUCCUUACGUUCACCUUCGCCAGCUAGUUAUGGUUCAUUGGAUCGUUCUGAGCCCAAUACGCAUGCGUAUAGAAAUUCAAUAGAUGAAAUUAAACUUUCUGUGAGUAAGGAAUUAAAAAAGACUGAAAACAAGAAGUGCCUUGUAGUCUUGGUAAAUGUUGGGAAUACAUAUGCGUUGAAGGCUUUUGAUUUACCAUGUAAACUACUUGUUAUUACACGCAAUAAAAAGGUUAGCGAUUCGUUUGACAAAAAACGUAGCACAACAUUACGCUUGACAAGCGGUCUCACGCGUGCAGAAAUGCAUAUGCUCUUUGAAAAAUAUUUGGAGCAUCGGAAUAUUGAAGAAAAAUAUGUAGAUUUAAUUUACACUCAUAGUAAUGGACAUCCAUACCUACUGAGCUUAAUUGGACAGAGCUUAAGUCAAAAUUUGGGUAAUUGGCAGGGUUGGAUCGAGAAGCUGAGAGAAACAAAACUGGUUGACGAGAAAUUCAACGCCGCUAUUGAAAAGAGUCUCGAUAGCUUAGAACCAGAACUGAGAAAGACAUUUUGUACGGUAUUUAGAUGCUUUCCGCAUGCCAUUUUUGUGCCACAGCAGUUGAUUGCAGCACUUUGGUUCGAUGAUAAAUGUGUCAAAGACUUGGCCAAUGAUGAUAUAUGCUAUAAGUUACCAUUCAUCUAUGAUAGAUCUAUCUAUGAUAAAUGCGUCAAAGAUUUGGCCAAAUUACAUCGUCAUGGAUUUCUGGAAAAAUGUAUAUCGCCCAAUGAUGAUAUAUGCUAUAAAUUACCAUUUAUCUAUGAUAAAAUGUUGGGCAGAUAUGAAGCGACACAAGUUGACGGCGUGUACGUGUAUAUGCAUAGAAAGUUGCUUGCUUAUUAUCACUUCGUUGAAGAUCUGGAAGCGCGCAAAGAAGUUUUGCCAUUUAAUCGUGAUAUUCAUGAUGUAUAUUUUUUCCUUUGCGUUGGUUAUCAUUUGAAAAAGGCCAAACUCGUCGAGUAUUUUCCACAAAUCUACUUAGAUUAUGGUUUUCUGGAACAGAAAAUACGUAACGUCGACAUGUUAAGCACAAUUGCUGACUUGGAAACAUUUCAAGAGUAUAUUGCGCCUGAUUUGGAGUCGUAUAAAGUUUUUCGUGCCAUACGUGACUUUUUACCCAAUAUCGAAAAGACAUUACAAGAAUCACAGCAUGCUACACUCCUUCAAUGUGCGCUUAUGGAGGAUGGUUUAGUAGGCAUAGAAGCGCGUAAACAAGCAGCUGUUUUUCCGGGUUUCACCUGGUUUGAACAUCAUGGAUGUAUACAUCAACGUUCUAAUAUUAUUUCAUUGCCCAGCAUACCAAAAAAGAUUUUACUACUGGAUCAAAAACGCUCUUUAGUUGCUUUAGAGCAAAGAGCAGAUAUAUUGCUGAUUAAUUUAUCGUUAGAUUGGAAUACGUAUUCAGUGAAAUUAAAAAAUACAGUGAAAGGAAAAUCAACCGUUAUUGAUAUACGUUUUUUCAAAGACAAUAAUGCGUCCAUUCUAUUGGCAUUGUAUGAUAAUGGGAAUAUGAAAGCCUGGUGUAUACCAGGUGACUGCACUGUGGACCGUCGCAGAUCUGAUUCAUUUUCACGUCCUCAGGAAAAAGAAAUUGAGCAUAGAAAUGUGAUUCCACCGUCUCACUUAUUACAACCUAUUACUGCAUUUGAAUUAUCUUUUGGUGCUAUUGGCCAUCCACCAAUUAUAUAUUUGGCUUAUAAAAGUGGUGAUAUCAAGCAUCUUAAGUGGAAUAGUGAAAGUAAGACUUUCGAGUCGGCACUAAUAGAAACUUUAAAUACGAAAAUGCAAGAUAUAUGCAUUUUACGUUUUGUAUUCAAUCGCAAUUAUAUUGUGUGCACCAAAGAUGGAGACAUUGCCGUUUUCGAUGUUAUAGACUAUUCGAAUUCACGUGGCAUUGAGAAAUUCAAACAUUUCGUUGAAUCCAUUGAGACAACGCGCAAUGAAGUACUCUUGAUUUGUCGUCGUUGCAUUGUUAGCUUUACCAGUAGAUCAAUAAUUGAUAACAAGCCUGUGGAAUAUAUAUUGCACGAGGAUAACUUAAUCGCGGAUGAUCGUGAUAAUGUAAUCAAUUGUGCAAAAUUACUACACAUCAACGGCCAUAAGCAGCUGGCAUUGGGCACUAAAAAGGGUCUAAUAGUCUUUGACAUAGAAACGCGUACCAAAUUACUCACAACAAAUGUGAAUGAAGACAUUACUUGUGUUGAUAUAUAUUUAUUGGAUGCUCUCAAGAACAAAUAUAUGGUGGCUUGUGGUUCACAUGCGUACAAGUUCUUGAAUUUAUUUGUUUUGCGUGCCGAUGAUAAUGGUAAACAAGUGAUCCGAUGGCUACGUGGUUCAAAAUCAUCUCGUAAGAGAGAUUCGUGGAGAGUGGACAUGGUGGAUUUACAGAUGCCGCCAUAUGUUGCGUUAAAGGGCGGACAUUUGUUUGCUUUGCAGUAUGUGCGCGAUGAAGCGGUGCUUUUGGCAGUUGAUUCGCAGAACCAGGUACAUAAAAUCGCUUAUGGCAAUAACGAAUUAUAUGAACCUAUAUCAUCCCCCAUCACUGCCAUUACACUCUACGGUACGCAAGCGUUUGUUGGUUGCGCAAAUGGUCAAUUGUUCGAUAUGUCGGGACACACACCACAACCUAUUUUAACAGCUUUUGAUCAAUCGAUCGAAUUUUUACGGUUGCUUAAUGAACAAACACUGAUUGUCGCCGAUGAGGCGGAAGUUUUAAUUUAUACAAAUAUAAAUUAUGGCCAAUUUAAGCGAUUCGCUUUGAAUUCUGAGAAAAUCGUGCGUUGCUUUAUUUUACCGCCUGAGCGUAUAGUGCUUGUUUUUGAAAACCGAACAUUUUGGGUCUUAGAUAGUUGUGGUAGUUUAAUCUUUAAAUAUGUGCCAGAGAUUCGGAGCGUAAUUGGUGAUUGUGAUUUACAAAAUAAACAGUUGUUUGUUGUAGCUCAAAGCUACAAAAUCGAGGUUUUCAAUUUAGCCGAUUCACUUGCACCCAAAAUACCGGAAUUAACACAUUUCGGUGCGUUUAAGGCAAAAGUCAGUUGCGUGGCUGUGUCACGCAAUGCCAACAUGAUUGCCGUCGCCUGUUAUGAUAGUGAUAAUAAUGGAGAAAAAGACAUAAGCAUUCAUGUUUACGAAUGCCAACUACUUGUCAGACGCAUUGAGCUACUUUAUGAUCUUAAAGGUCAUAGUUUACCAAUUAAUGCCAUGCGUUUCUCGCCUAACGCCUAUGUAUUGGUCAGCUGUGCUGAACAGAUGUGUUGGUGGAGUAUGCAAAUGGCUGCGUGUAAAUUAAACAAUUCCAUCAGCGAUGCCAAAGGAAGUUCAGAAAUGGACAAUUCUCGUUUUCAUUCAGAUAGCGAGGAUGAUGAUGAUGAUGAUUUUGAUGAAUCGGAUGACAGGAGAAUUUCGCGUUAUUUACCUGCAAAUAUACUCGAAGAAGUUUCUUUACAGUCGCGCAAUGAUACACGUCCCACACCGGAUGUGACGCCUGUUGAUGAAGUGUGUGCCGAUGCUAUAGCUGUUGCUGAUGAUUCCAUUUGGAAGACGAAACGUGGUCCGGACACAUAUUGCGAAUUGCUGUCUUGUAUCAAAUUCAAUGGUACCGAAGCACAACAAUUUUUCACCAAUGAUGCCUUUACGAAGUUUCAAACCAUCGACAAUAGUGGCAGCUAUUAUGUGCUGAGCUUGCGUGACUUUAGCGUGCCAGAAGGUGUAUAUGAAAAGGAAUACAUUGAAAGUGCGGAUGUGGUCACCUGACAAAAUCAACAAAUACAUAGGGGACGCUUGAAAAAGGACGAGUUUGAGUUCACACUCCUUUCUUACCAAUUUCUAUAUUUUUUAAUAUAUUUUUGUACAUUUCAUUGCGAUCUCUGUGCAUGUGAUUAUUAAAUAAGAGGGCGAUAUUAUUAAGUGUUGUGAGACAAUGCCGUAAAGAAAAAUAACACAAUGCCAAAUACAGGAUUACUUAUAUUUAAAUAUGUUCAAUUAGCAGGAAAACUUAAUCAAUAAGUAUUAAAGUUAUUUUAAAUCUAAAUUAUACAUACACACAUAUAUAAAUGUAAGCAAAAAAUGAAUGUAAAAGUCAAAAGCAGCUUUCGGUGUGCAGUAAAUUGGUGCCAAAUAAUAAAUUGCAAACCAUCAAAUUAUUUAAUAAGCGUGCUAAGUGCUUAUUAUUAAGAUAUGCAACAGAGUUUAUAUGAAUUUAUGAAAAGUGCGUCAGGAAAGAAAUGACGUUUUUCGAGUGCUUCAACUAUAUGCUCUCUUUAUAAUCUAGAUAAAAACAGACAGACUUUAUACACAACGAGCCUGAAAGUAAAUGUUGAUACUAGUUUCAGCUUAAGACAAAUUUACAUAUAUAUUUAUAUAUAUUAUAUAUUUAGGAAAUAUAUCUUUUUUUUAAUCUUUUAAGAAACGCAUUUAGUUUAUAACGAUAACUGCCGCUAUAAAGCUUUUAUCUCUUAAUAUCUACUUAUCUCUAUUGUUGCAUAUACCUAUCCAUGUAUCAAUUGUUUCAAUGUUAGACAAUUUUCUUUUCAUAUUUUUCUACUUUCCUAUGUAUUUAUUAGUGCAAUUAAAAAUAUUUUUUUUUAAUAGAAAAUGCAAGAUGUCCAACAUACUUUUUUAUCGCAAUAUUAAAUAUUAAUAUUAAAAUGUUAAUAUCAUUCCGAAGUUUAUUA